AUGGCGUUUGAACUCAAGGAAAGCGAAGCUAGGCAAAGAAGUGCACGCGCAGUACAAGGAAACUUCUUCCAUUUUGCUGAUACCAUCUCUAAAGCUUUGGGAAUACCAAAGUGGCGCCUUUUCAUGAUUCGCACAGAGAAAGCCAAUCGUUCCGGGUGCAUGAAAGUCAAGUUUGCAAUAAUCGGCAAUGCGAAUCAAGUCAGCCAACCUGCCACAAAAUUUGACGAUCUCAAGCAAAAAAAUCCAGAAGCGUUCAAACCCUAUACUCCAACCGAGGACUGUGAUCCCUCGACAAGUGGAGCACUCGGUUAUCACUCAAGCGUCUUACUGUCGAUCAUUAUUGUGAUGGUCGCUGCUUUCAUGGGAUGAUUACGAUUGACGCCAGUAAUACUCGGAUCAUUAACCUCAAAUACUCGUUGAAGCUUAGAUCUCGGUGACAGCUUUUCACGGUAGAGAGCUUAGUAGUUCAAUUACAUAUUAUUUUUUGAAAGCUAAUUUCUGCAUGUUACCGAAUUUUUUUCCUCUUUUGCUUUCUAACAAAAUGGCCAAAGACAAGCAAUUUUUGUGCAGCGUUAAGAUAUGAUUUAACGACCAUUGAACUUGCACCAGCUUUAAACCUCACAGAACUGUAAUAAAUGGAAUGCACCAAUUACUAAAUAAAAUUAUUAUCACCGAUCA